UUACGUAUUCGUUCAGUUUCAGGCUUCCAGCUCUUCCUGCUCCGCUCUUGGCGAUCACCUCUCCAUCUCAUCUUCCACAAGCCAGAGCACACACAAGCAGCAAGCGAGAGCCCAGGCACAGGCAGGGGAUCGAUGAAGCGCAUCGUGGGGAGCCCCGGGACAUGGAGCGGCAUGGCGCUGCGUCUGUCGCAGUGCGUCUUCGCCGCCGCGUCCUCCUCGGCCAUGGCCUCCGCCUUCGGCUCCUCCGACUACAGCGCCUACUUCUACCUGGAUACCGCGUUGACCCUGCAGUUUCUGUGGAGCAUGGGCUUUGCUUGCGUGGACAUCUUUGCUCUGAGGAACAAGAAGGAUCUUCACACCGCCCCGGAACUCAUAUUGAUCUUUCUUAUCGGCGACUGGGUCCUGGCGGUUCUCAUGUUCUCGGGAGCCUGCGCCGCGGCCAGCGUGACGAUCUUCUUCCGGAUGGAUGUGAGGUUCUGCGCGGAGUACCGGCGGCUGCCCUGCGCCCAGUUCGAGCUUUCGGUCGCCCUCGCGUUCAUCGCGUGGUUGCUGCAAGCCGCCUCUUCUUUCUCCGGGUUCUGGCUUCUCAUCUCCUUCUUCUAGUGAUCUCAGUAUCUCACUACGCGCUUAGAAUCACCGUCGCGUCCUGCUAAUCAGUUGCGAGUGCUCGGGACACGCUUCACCACUUGGUAGUUGGUACAUAGAUUGUCUGUUUGAUAGUGCUCAUCUUUGUUUUUGGAGCUGGUUA